AUGGCAGCCAAUUACUGGGCAUCGACCCAGCGUCGACAUUGGCUCUUCUCCCGGGAGAAGUUAGCGGAUAUCCGUGAGGGUUUACGGCAGAAGGAUCAAGUUGCCCAUUCGCAAUUUCCCCUGCCCGACCAGCGGCUACUGAACAUCUACUUCAACCAGCAGCUGAUCAAGCUUGGAAAGCGCAUGUCCACCAGACAACAGGCCAUUGCUACUGCCCAGGUGUAUCUCAAGAGAUUCUAUACCAAGAAUGAGAUUCGGCAGACAAGUCCGUAUCUGAUGCUCACCACAGCAUUCUAUCUUGCUUGCAAGAUGGAGGAGUGUCCACAGCAUAUCCGCUUUGUAGUCGGCGAAGCGCGUGGUUUAUGGCCAGAGUUCAUUACCCCAGAUGUGGCGAGGCUUGGAGAGUGCGAAUUUGCCUUGAUCUCUGAAAUGAGCUCACAGCUCAUCGUCCAUCAUCCUUACCGGACUUUGUCUGAACUUCAGACCGAACUAUCACUCACCACGGAUGAGGUCGCCCUCGCCUGGUCGGUGAUCAACGAUCACUACCUGACGGAUCUACCGCUUCUCCACCCGCCUCACGUCAUUGCGAUUAUGGCAAUUAUCGUCGCCAUCGUCUUCAAGCCUGUCCAUUCAAACCCUUACCCCGGAACCGGGCAAUCGGCCUUGGCAGGCUCCAUGAGAGAUGGGGGCGGCAUGCAGAUGUUGGCCGCUUUGUCGGAUAAGACUGGAUCCGGGCCUCCUCCCAAAAUCCAAAAGCUCAUUGGCUGGCUCGCGGAAAGCGAAGUCGAUAUCAAAGCUAUCAUCGAGUGUACACAAGAGCUGGUCUCGUUGUACGAGGUGUGGGAGCAGUAUAGCGAGAAGAACUGCAAAGAGCUGCUCGGGAGGAUGGUCAAGAGCAAGAACUUGGACAAAUGA